AUGGCCAGCAGCCCUUUGCCAGGCGCCACCGACCUCCUCCUGUCCGCCUCGUCCAACGCCUUCCCGUCGGACUCGCUGAGCCAGGGGCCGCCCCCUCCGCCUCCACGCGGCGGCCCUCCUCACCCGGGCGCCAUGAAGCCCAACCAAGUGGGCCAGGUGAUCCUCUACGGCAUCCCCAUCGUGUCUCUGGUGAUCGACGGGCAGGAGCGGCUGUGCCUGGCGCAGAUCUCCAACACGCUGCUGAAGAACUUCAGCUACAACGAGAUCCACAACCGCCGCGUGGCGCUGGGCAUCACGUGCGUGCAGUGCACCCCGGUGCAGCUGGAGAUCCUGCGCAGGGCGGGCGCCAUGCCCAUCUCGUCUAGGCGCUGCGGCAUGAUCACCAAGAGGGAAGCCGAGCGGCUCUGCAAGUCCUUCCUGGGGGAGAACCGGCCGCCCAAGCUGCCCGACAACUUCGCCUUCGACGUGUCGCACGAGUGCGCCUGGGGCUGCCGGGGCAGCUUCAUCCCCGCGCGCUACAACAGCUCCCGGGCCAAGUGCAUCAAAUGCAGCUACUGCAGCAUGUACUUCUCGCCCAACAAGUUCAUCUUCCACUCGCACCGCACCCCCGACGCCAAGUACACGCAGCCCGACGCCGCCAACUUCAACUCCUGGCGGCGCCACCUCAAGCUGACCGACAAGACCCCGCAGGACGAGCUGGUCUUCGCCUGGGAGGACGUCAAGGCCAUGUUCAACGGCGGCAGCCGAAAGAGGGCCCUCCCGCAGGCCUCGCACGCCCACCAUCCUGGAGGGGGCGGCGGCGGCGGAGGAGGAGGCUCCGGCCCUCACUGCCACCCUUUGGGCGCCGUCAAGGCGGCGGUGGUGGGCGUCGGAGGAGGCCUGCUCAGCCCGCACCUGCUGGGCGCGCCGCCGCCGCCGCCCCCUGACCUGCACCAGAAGCGCGGCCGCUUCGACGACGACGAGGAGCUGCAGGAAGCGGUGGCGGCGGCCGCGGCGGCUGCAGCGGCCGUUGCGCACGGCGGCGCCGGCAAAGCGCAACGGAACUACCCGGUCAUCCCGGUGCCCAGCAAGGGCUCCUCCUUCGGGGGCGUCCUGCAGAAGUUCCCCGGCUGCGGGGGCCUCUUCCCGCACCCGUACGGCUUCCCCGCGGCCGCCUUCAGCCUCUGCCACAAGAAAGAGGACUCCGAGGGGCUGGGCGUUGGGGCGCAAGGCGGACCCGCGGGGCACAAAGCGGCAGGUGCCGCCCCGACGGCAGGAGCGGGCCUCUCAGGGCUCUUCUGGCCCGGGACUAGGAAGGACGCGGCGGCGGCGGCCGCAGCUUUCUACCCGCCUUUCUGCAUGUUUUGGCCGCCGCGCACCCCGGGGGCGCUCCCGGGGCUGCCCACGUACUUGCAGCCCGCUCCGCAGCCGCCCACUUGCACUGCCCUGGGCGGGGAGAGCCCCAGCUUGCUGCGCCAAGCCUUCCUGGACCUCGCGGACCCCGGCAGCGAAGGGGGAGCCGCAGGGCUGGGCACGCCGCCCGCCGCAGCCGCCCCGCAAGCGAGCGGCGGAGGCGGCAGCGGCGGCAGCAGGGACCCACGGGCUUUCGACGGCAGCGAGGCGGCAUGUUCUCCCGCGGCGGAGGGAGGCGGCGGCGGCGGAGGGUCGCGGGGCUCGGCGCCUCACCAGCCCCACCUGCUGGACGGGCAGCCGCGGGGCAAAUCCGGCGCGUCGUACCACCACUCCAGCGCCUUCCGUCCAGUGGGGGGCAAAGAGGACUCGGAAAGCCUAGCCAAGCUGCACCACCACCACCCGGCGCCGCGCUCCUCGUCCUCGCCGCCGCCCCUCUUGCUGCUGCCGCCCCCCGAGCGGGAAACGGGGGGCUGCGAACGCCCCCUCCAGCCCCCCGGCCACCGCCUGCUCUCCCCGGGGGGCACCAGCUGCAGUUACCCCAGCGAGGAGAGCAGCGAGGAGGAAGAGGAGGAGGAGGAAGAGGACGAAGAAGAAGAGCCGGAGGUGGACGUGGAGAGCCACAAGCUGCCGGAGGAGGAGGAAGCGGAGGAGGAAGCGGAGGAGGAAGAGGAAGACGAGCAGGAGGUGGUGGACCCCGUCGGGGGAGCCGGCCGCUACCUGCAGAGCCGCGGGCUGACGGACAAGGGCGCCUCCCGGGACAGGCCGAGCGGGGCAGCCUCUGCAGUGCCCGCUGCCCCGACGGGGCCUUACCCCGCGGCCUCCUGCCGGCCGGCUCCAGAGGAGGAGAAGUCGGGGGCGCCCCACUCCGAGCAGCUGCUGCUGCCGCCUCCCCCUCCUUCGGCUCUUCCUCUGCCCACCUGCCCCCCGAAAGGAGGAGGAAGCAGCGGCGGGAGCAGCCCAGCGCCCCAUCCAUCAGCGGAGGAGCAGGCGCCGCAGCCCCCUUACAAAGAUGUAAAUACCCCCCUCUAGGCUCCUUCGAGCCAAUUAUUUUUAUUGAAAUGCACCUCUAGGCUGAGUCGCUUCCAGAUGCAGGGAGAGGAAGAUGGAUCGAGGGGGGUCUUUUCGCAGGGCCCCCGCCCCUUUAGAGCCAGGGAAACGGAACUGGCAAGAAAUAGGGCGAGCCUCUCCCGCAUCUCCAAAGGCAGCGCCUGCCUUGCCCGUGACACUUUCAAGCGGUUGCGGGUGGCGCUUGGCUCUUGUCUGGCACUCCCCCCGCUCUGCGCCCCAGCACAGCUUUUCUGGGGGGAGAGGGCAUGGGGGAAGGGGGCUCAGGAAACGGGGGCCACUAUCCGGCCCUUUCCCAGCCUCAUUGAUUUCAAUGAGACCUUUAAACACCUCCUCAGUCUCGGCUUCUCGCCCAAUAUUUGCUCCAAUAUUUGCUCGCCCAAUAUCUGCUUCCAAAGAAUAAGGUCUCCCUUAGAAGAAACACCAGUUCCUUCGAGCCUAACUGGGCUUCUUCGAAGGAGGCGGGUGCGCGUUGCCAUUUUUGAGGGUCGCACAGAAAAACUAACGCGGGGGGCGCUUUAUCACAGGUUUCAGGACCCGCAAGAGCUACAGGCGGACCCGAUGCCUCUCCCAGCACGGCGCACAACCCGCUUCAGUCUCAAAAUCCCUUGUCUGUGCCUCAAUUCCGUGGACUGGAUUCUCACCGCAGGCAGAUGAGAUGGCAAAUCAGUUUCUGGGCUGUGCCAUUUCAGGUUGAAGGCGUAAGGGAGUACGGGACUGAAUGCUCCUGCAUAUAAAAUAAUUAAACCAAUGGCUCUCACGCAGAAAGCUAGCAUGUCAGGGAGGGACCUUCUUGAAACGCUAGCUUUCUAUGCGCAGCGGCAUUACUAUCAUCAUCAUUUAGUCAUUUUUUAGUAGUAGUAUGAAGAACCACCUGAAAUGUCGCGGAGCCCAGAAACUGCUUAACUACCUCAUGUAUUGUCUGUGAGAAUUAAGUGCUUUAGUGCCAGGACACUAAGUUGGUUGGGUCCCAGCGCACGCCUUGUAACAGGAGCCACUGCAGACUCGCAGACGCUAAAGGGCCUGAGUUGGUCCUGUGCAUUAACUUCAAGGGGUCUACUCGGAAUAGGACUAACAUGGGCUACCGCUCCAUGCCCUUUUACUUACAGCUCAGGACCCGCCCUCAUAAUAGGUUCUGCGCAGUUCUGAUAGCCACACCUCAAUUUUUUAUUUUUUACUAUUUUUAUUUUUAUAUUUCUAGAGUUGGGAGAGGAGCAGAAAAGCACAACCAAUAGGACUAGGGGUCUGGAGCGAGUCCCUUAGGCGGAAAGGAGCUUUUUGGUUCAGAAAAUAAGACCCAAGGGUGCGGAGGAAGCACCGAGAGAGAAGCUUUUCGCUCUCUCAUAAUGCUAGAGUUCUGGAGAAAGGACGUGGAUGAGCGGUAGGGCGUCUGCUUUGCAGGCCGGAGGCCCCUGGUUUGAUCCCGGGCAUGUCCUGCCAGAGCUGGGAGAGACCUCGGCCCGAAAUCCUGGAAGAGCCUCUCCCAGUCCGUACUUGAACGAGAUCAAACGGCCUGACCCAGUAUGUCAGCGAUCAAACUGACUAAUUAAUCUCUGGAACUCGCUGCCACAAGAUGUAGCGCUGGCCAUUGACUUAAGAUGGGAAUUUUCUGCGGGAUCAGGAAAGGACAAGUCUAUAAAUGAGUCCUAGUUGUACUGGGUACUGUAUGCAACUUCCAAGUUUGGGGCGGCGGGGGGGGGCGUGACUGCCUAUCAAUAGCUAAGGAAAGUCCAAACGUGUACACGGCCCUGAAUAGUGACCCGUGGAAAUUAAGGCCACGAUCCUCUACUACACACAUAUCUGGGAGGAAAUCCCAUGGAACUCAGCGGGGCUUACCUCUGAGUAGAUAUUAUAUAGGAUUGCGCUAUAAAUUGGUUUAGAGGGGACCUCGCCACUUUUUAGUAGGUCCCAAUAGAUGCGUGCGGGGCCCGAGGGUUUGUCAUAAUCAGGUCUCCACUUACUCUUUUUCGGUCGGCAUACACACUGUACUGUACCUUUAAAGCAAAUUCGCUGCACCUUCCUUCCCUCAAAGUAUUCUGGGCACUGUAGUUCGUUAAGCGUUGCUUUGCGUUGUCACCCUGUGAGGCGUAAACUACAGCGCCCAGAAUCCUUUGAGGGAAAGAGGUUGCAGCGAAUGUGCCUUAAAAGGUUGAUAUACAGCGUUGAAGGCAAUCCUUAGCUUGCUCUCCUGUUAAGGAGAACGGAUCACCUCUCUGGGAAUACUCUGGUUCCAUGCACCCAUUUCCCUGACAUCAAGACCCACUGAUUCCAACGGCACUUCUUCCGAGGAAGCGCCUUGAGGAACACAGACUUGGGUACACACCCAGAAGGAAAAGCCCCUGGAUCAGUUCCACUGGAGGCCGCGAAGCCCAGCUUUCUGUGGCCAACAGAGAUAAAUCAUGCGGUAGCUCAGCUGGUUGAGCAUAAAACUCUUGAUCUCAGACUGAAAUCCAUGGGUUUGAGCCCCACAUUGGGCAAAAGAUUCCUGCAUCUCAGGGGGUUGGACUAAAUGACCUUUGCAGUCCCUUCCAAGUUUACAAUUCUAUAAUUCUAUAGAUGCUUCCCCGGAAGCCCAUCACUGACUGAGACAACGUCUCCUCACUUGGUUCGCUCCCGCCCGCUCAGGUAGGCUGCGCAAUGAACGACAGUGGCCCGGCUUGGAUUCCUUAAACUGGACUUAAACUGGUGGUCGUUGCCUUCAACGGGGGAGGGGGCAGAUAAUAAUAAUAAUAAUAAGCACUUCCUUCCACUCUGGGCAGCUUCCACAAAGACAAAAAAUACACUAAGAUGUCACACAUUAAAAACUUCCCUUCAGAUGUCUUCUAAAAGUCUGGUAGUAGUUCUUCUCUUUGACAUCUGGUGGAAGGAUGUUCCACAGGGCGGGCGCCACUACCGAGAAGGCCCUCUGCCUGGUUCCCUGUAACCUCACUUCUCGCAAUGAGGGAACCGCCAGAAGGCCCUCGGCGCUGGAUCUCAGUGUCCGGGCUGAAAGAUGGGGGUGGAGACGCUCCUUCAGGUAUACAGGACCGAGGCCAGUUUAGGGCAAUUGAGGUCCAUGGUGGACAUGUGCGAGUUUACUUCCGAGUAAACAGGGCUCACUAUCCAGCUGUGGACGUAAGCCUCCCCUCCCCACACCCAGCCCGGACCUGUUUCAACCACAACACGGGGAGUUUUCCCUGCGUUGAAGUAGACGAGGCUUUACAUUGCUAGAGCGCGCUGGGGUCGCGCCCCCGGCUAGGAUCCGCGCAACCAGAACUAAGGCACGCUGCUUACUCGAAAGUAAGCCUCAAUUGAGUCCAAGGGUUCUUCGCUGAAAUCCAUGGGGUCUUUUAUUGCGCGCCCCCCAGCAACCAUCCUUAAAUGCGACCCUCCCCCUUUAUAUAAGACUUGUUUGUGGAUGUUAUUCAUCUGUUGCCCCCCCCCCCCGCCUCAAAUAAAAAAUAUCUCAGGGACCCGACAAGCAUCGCCGGUCGUCAUGUUUGUCCCCCGCCCCCGCGUUUGUUUCUCCUGCUCUAUUUUCCUUGCUCGCUGCAAACCGUUUACUUUCCCUUUCCUGUUAAUUGCUCAUCGAUUGCAUUAGGUUUGGCUUUUAAUUCCUGUUUGUCUAUUUGUUUCUCGUCGUGCUAGAUCCAGAAAAGCAAGGAAGGGAACCAGGUUGCCGCGUCGGCGAAGGAAGACAACAGCUUCUCAGGCAAGACACGGAGCCGUUGGCUAAUUUCUCACGCCGGGGCACACCCGGGAGCACCGUGGAAACGGACAAAUGCGCAAUUGGGGGUUCCAGAUCCGUAUUUGUCCUUAGGAAUGUGGCUGCUGAACCGCAGAUCCAUUCUCAGACACUGCACGUGUGAGCGUGUGCGUGUCAGAUCACACCGAACUAGAUAUCGAUCUUCUCGAACAUUUAAUCAGCCAAGUUAACACGACAAUUACCAGCAACGACUAAGAAACACUGGUCGUUAGUAUUCCUAACAAAUGCUAGCAGGUUCUCAAUGCCAUACAACACGUUUUCCUUUCUCUAUGUCCUUGCAUGCUGGCUUGUUAUCUACUCCCCUCUCAGGUUUGUGGGGUGGCGGUGUUCCUUCCAAAGAGCUUUGCAAUAUUGCAAAGAAUAAUAAUUAAUUCGGGUUUUGUUUUUUGUUUGUUUUACUUUUAGAGAAGAGCAAGGAACACAAUUUUUUCAUCACAGACGCCGAACAUCCAGGAGGGGAUUUCUGGAGAAAUAUUGCAGGUAGGCUCAGAGUGCAGGGGAAUCAAUGCACACGUUUGCAACCGGACCGGUCCCGUGUUUACUCGGAAGUAAGCCCCGCUGUAAGGCUUCCUCCCAAGUCUGCGUGCGUAAGACUGUGUAGCCUUCAAAUUCCUAAUCAAAUGACUGAAUAUUUUGUAGAAGGGUAAAAAUAAACAACGGUCCCAGAUAGAUAUAAUAACUAAGGGAAAAAUGCAAAGAGGUGUUAAUAGCAAUAAGGUUAUUAAUUGCUGGGCAUAUUUCAGCAGGAAAUUUCGGGAAUGGAGCAGGUUACACAAUGGAGCCGGCUGGUAGGGAAGAGAAAACAUAAAAUGACAAUAAUUGAAAUGUUCUCUUUGAAACCUUCCAUUAAAAAGGAUCACAGCUUAUUGCUUUUAAUAUCUGUCAGAGAGACAUUAAAGGUGUUUUAUGAGAUCCAUGGCAACAUUUAUAUUAUCUCCGUGAUAAUGAUCUCUACACAAAAUGUAUAAUACAUUGACAAAAAUUACAUUAUACAAAUUAAAUGGAACCACCUUUUACUGAUUGCUAAAUGUCUCCAAGGGGUUUGGGGGGGCGGAGGGGGGAGGGAAAGACGUGAUUAGAAGUUUUGAUACUAAGUUGUCUAUUGCGAGGGAGGGUUAUAAGGAAAAGGGGUUUUUGUUUCUUGGGAGAGGGAGAGAGAGAGAGAGAAAAGGGAAUCUAAUUUUCCAUUUAUGUAAUGCAAACUGUCUUGGCUUUGACUAUUCACGGUUAAUUGACUGUCAAACGAGGUUGUUAUCCCGAGGCUAUGUCUGCAAAUUUGCCUGUCAAAUGAGACAGAGAGAGCAAGCCUUGGAGAGAGAGAGAGAGAGAGAGAGAGAGAGAGAGAGAGAUGCAAGUGUAGUGGGAACUGAUGGAGAAAAUGGGAUCUUCCAGAAACCUUAUAUAAUAGCAGCCAGCACAGUUCUGACUAUAUAUAUAUAUAUAUAUAUAUAUAUAUAUAUAUAUGAUCCCUAAAUGAUCCAACAUGGUUAUAUGCUUGUUCCACUGCAAAAAAGCAAAACAAAAGCAAACCCUACUUUUCUUCAAUGGAUUUCAUAUGAUUUAAAAGCCCACUCUGAAACGGGUGCUGCGACGAGGGAGGGAAAACAAUGGCCUUUUAAAUAAAGUGAAUAAGAGAUGAUAAAAAGGGAAAUUGAUAUUAAGAGUGGGGCAAGGGAUAAUCUAGCUUGAUUAUUUCCAGGGUAUUAUGAAAUGGCCCACCAGGGAGCCCAAUACCAGCAGGAAUACAUUCCAGAGUAAGUUAUUAAGAAAGCUUUGUACGAUUCUUGGCUUCCUGCGCUGGAGAAAAUUUAGAUAAACUGAGAUGUGUAGAUACAUAAAAGUAGUCCCACAUCCCUGCAUUGUGCACGUGUGUGUGUGUGUGUGUGUGUGUGUGUGUGUGAAAGAGAGAGGACUCCUGCAUGUAUACAUGCAAAUGAAUACCUCUCUCCCAUUUAUCUGAUUUCUGGCUCCAAAGUACUACAAAGACUGUUUUCUAGAGAAGCAUCUGUGUUGAGUCUGUUACAGCGAAAACAACAAAGAAUCUUGUACUACCUUGAAGCACUAAUAAAACAUAAGCCUUCAAGAGCCAUAGUUCAACUCCAUCAACUAUUCUUAGCCCACAACAGCUAGGUGAACCCUCCGGAAUCAAUGGAAUCUUACAAAAACCAGAUAUUGGGGACAUGCAGUGGGAGGGGGUCUGAUGCCUUCCAUGGGCCAAUCAUGGGCCUUCCAGAAGCAGCUUGCUGGCCACUGAAGCUAAGUAGACCCCAUAUCUGAUCAGCAGGACUUAUGUUUUGGGUCAUGGUGCUAUCCAACUGCUGUUGGACUUCAGCUCCCAUUAGCCCCAGCCAGCAUGGGAGUUGGACCAACAACAUCCACAGGGCAACACGCUGGCUGCCACCAUGGACUUGGAGAUUUCAGUGAGAUACUCAAUUUUAUUCAUUAUUUGUCACAUCCUGGCCCACCUCCCCUCUGACUGUUGGAUGGAUCUAGAUGAGUAAAGGUAAAGGCACCCCUGACCAUUAGGUCCAGUCGGGACCGACUCUAGCUCAUCUCGCUUUAUUGGCCAAGGGAGCCGGCGUACAGCUUCCAGGUCAUGUGGCCAGCAUGACUAAGCCGCUUCUGGAGAACCAGAGCAGUGCACGGAAACGGCGUUUACCUUCCCACUGGAGCAGUACCUAUUUAUCUACUUGCACUUUGACGUGCUUUUGAACUGCUAGGUUGGCAGGAGCAGGGACCGAGCAACGGGAGCUCACUCCAUCACGGGGAUUCGAACCACUGACCUUCUGAUCGGCAAGUCCUAGGCUCUGUGGUUUAACCCACAGCGCCACCCCCAUCCCCCCAUCUAGAUGAGUAGGAGAGGAUAUUUUAUAUAUGAAUGAUCCCUCGUAUUCUCACUUGUGUGAGAAUGCAAAUAAUUAUUUCAGCAGAGUAAUAUCACCAUCCAUGCACAGGUUAUCUCUAGAAGCUAUUUGGGACAAGGUUACAUAACCUUCUAGAACAAUUACGAUAUCCAAGGAUGCUUAGGCAGACUUGGAUUAUUUUCUCCCUUUUAAUGUUUCCCUCUUAACAAAUAAACCACUCUCAGGCUGCUUAAGUAAACAAGAAUAUACAAGGUUUACUCACAUUAAAAGUCUUGCCAGGAUUCAACAGUUACAGUGAUGAAAAUCAGUCAGGCAAUAAUCCUUAAAUGUUACAAAAGUCCAUAUUCCAUUUCAAAAGGGAGUGUGCUCCCUGGAGGAGAGCUCACAGACAACUUACUCCAUUGCAGGUAAGAAGAAGAAGAGUGUGUGCAGUGACAGGAAGAAAAAGAUUAAGUUUCUAUUGUUCCCCUUCCCAUCACACAAGUUUAGAGGAUAUGCCAUCACAGAACCCCAUGUUUGUGACUAUCUAGCAAUCAUGCAUCUAGCAAUUCAUGACAGACAAAAGAAAAUACUUAUUUACACAGGGCAUAGCUAAAGUGUGGGAUCUGCUCCCACAGCAGGCAGGAAUAUCCACCAACUUGGGGGGCCGUAAAAGAGGAUUGGGCAAACUCAUGGAGGGAUUAGCUAUGAAAGAUAAUGUUGUGGCUCCACUGUUGGGUGCGUGUGCUUCUGACCUGUUCCUGGAAACUCCAGGAGGGGAGAGUUCUGUUGUCUUUCCAAGAACGGAAGUGGCAUGAGUAAAAAUGGAGACUUUUCAAUUAAAAUAAUACUAAUAAUGAAGGCAGAAUCACCUCCCACAUUAGCCUCUGGGACUAUUUGUCCCUUCCCUCAUGUGCCUAGUUGUCAAAUUGAUUGCCAAUAGGAAAGGGGAUGUGUUUUCUGUUUUUCCACCCAAAAUGGUAACGUCUGCCAUUGCACCUAUCAUAGAUAGAUAGAUAGAUAGAUAGAUAGAGAGUAUGGCACAUUCCAUCCCCCAAAAGGGGCAACAAUGCCUUCAGUUUGCCCCCUAUUCUGGCAAAAAAUAAAACAGAGGUUUCGUUUGCUUGCUUGUUUUUGAAACAGUGAUCUUUAAAGGUUCCCUGCAAAAACCACCAAGGUGGAUCUGCCUCAGAUCUGGCAGGCUUAAUUCACUGUGGAUCUGGCGGGCCUCUUUUGCCUGCAGGCUUCCUUGACUUAUGUGCUAGCAUGGAUUAUGCCAUUCUACUAAUGGGAUGCAUUAGGGAAGCAGUCUACUAAUGCGUCCCAUCAGCGCAAGGUUUUCUGCUUGUGCAAUAGGGCUUUGCCCUUCUCCCUCUCCUGUAUGCGCUCCAGAACAUGAGGGGAACCCCCCAGAAUAGAUCUAGGGGCUGUGCGAGGAAAGAGAGGGAGAACGUUCUUGCUGUGCAAUCGGAAAUCCUCGCACAGAUGGAAGGGUUGCCCUAGCACUAUGAUGGAUUCCACCAAUUCUGCAGAAGUAUGUACUGAGAAAGGGACGUGGGUGGCACUGUGGGUUAAACCACAGAGCCUAGGACUUGCCGAUCAGAAGGACGGCGGUUCAAAUCCCCACGACGGGGUGAGCUCCCGUUGCUCAGUCUGUGCUCCUGCCAACCUAGCAGUUCAAAAGCAUGAAGUGCAAGUAGAUAAAUAGGUACCACUCCGGUGGGCAGGUAAACGGCGUUUCCGUGCGCUGCUCUGGUUCACCAGAAGCGGCUUAGUCAUGCUGGUCACAUGACCUGGAAGCUGUACGCCGGCUCCCUCGCCCAAUAAAACGAGAUGAGUGCCGCAACCCCAGAGUCGGCCACGACUGGACCUAAUGGUCAGGGGUCCCUUUACCUUUUUAUGUACUGAGAAUGAGCAGGUGUCCUUGGUUAAUUGUGAGUGGGGAGGAAAAAGAGAGACCUAGAGCAUCAGAUAAAUACCACUGCUCAUCCUGCUACUCUAAGUUUCAUUCCUAACACUAGAAAGCAAAAAGGUCACCAAGUGACCAGAAGGGGGGUGGAAAUACCUGAUCUUAUGCCCUUAACAGCAGUUUUAGCUGCAUAAACCAGCAAGCUGUUGCUUUUCACAGAUGGUUAUCCUUCCUUGCUGUGUGUCAAGCUGCUGCUGGGAUACGCAGCAGGAGACAUAAAGUGAAGCUGCCAAGUCGAGGUAGACGGAGAAGGUUUUUCCAGGUUGUGGCAGGCCUUGUCAUGCACGGGGCGACUGAAGCUUCUUAUGUUAUUCCUUAGCCAGUUAUUAGAGAACACAUGUAAUUUCACAGGAACAGCAUAGGGCGGUCAGAUUAAAAGUGAUGGCAGAUAUUUCUGCACCUUUGGUUGCUGCACCCUAAGGAACUAUAAAAGGUGCAAUAGUGCCUGGUUAGAACAGCAGACAAGACCAUUGCAAUUUAUAUUCCUGACUCAUUAAUACUACAAUUCUAGACAUGCUUACUCAGAAAGUAGGUCUCUUCGAGUGUGUUUUAGUCCCAGUCCUGGUUAAGUGGAAAGAAGACUGUAGCAAGAGGCCUAGCUUUCAAUGCAAUGGCCAAUCUGUCGGAAAGCUCCUAAAAAGAAGAAUAAGGAACUUCCCUGCACACAAACAACUAGUGUGCCAGGGAGAAAUGCUUUAACUCAGGCACCCCCAAACUCGGCCCUCCAGAUGUUUUUGGGACUACAAUUCCCAUCAUCCCUGACCACUGGUGCUGUUAGCUAGGGAUGAUGGGAGUUGUAGUCCCAAAACAUCUGGAGGGCUGAGUUUGGGGGUGCCUGCUUUAACUUACCCUUCUCCUUGACAUCCUAGGGUUGCUGUUUUUUUACAUGCGGGGAUUUAUAUGCUGUCCAGCACCAGCCUGCAAGGAUCAAGCAACAUAUAUUCUGGGUCAAGGACACAUAAGAGUAGUGAAGUUUUGCAGGACCAAGGACAGCUCCCUAUAAGAGCUUUUAGGGGCAAACACUGAGCUCAGAUGGUUGAGCAAGGCAGCUGCACUGUAGAUUCUGGUUCCCUGCUGGAGAAGUUUGAGUCCACAACCUCAGGGCAAAGUCAAGUGUCCUCUUUGUCAGGGUGAUCUUGGCCUUGGCCUGGGUUAGAUCCUGGCAAUCCUGUGGCAGAAACCUGCUAAUCCAUAUUUAGAAUCGUAGAAUUGUGGACUCACUAGGGUCAUCUAAUGCAACUCCCUGCAACGUAGGAAUCUUUUGCCCAACAUGGGGCUUGAACCCAGGACCCUGAGAUUAAGAGUCUCAUACUCUACCAGCUGAGCUAUUUGAAUACUGUAUUUUCCCAGGUAUAACACGCUCCCAUGUAUAAGAUGCCCCCUUUUUAAAGCCUCCAACUGAUGGUCCUCUCUCUGGCAGAAGACGCCAUGCACCCGCCCAAUUGCCCCAGCAACAGCCAAUCAACAACACAGCUUGCCACAGCCACCAUUAAAACAACCAGUAGCCACUGACAAGCUCCGGCUCACGCCAGUAACCAAACCCAAGUCCCACCCCCCAAGGCACUACUCAUGUAUAAGACGACCCACAAUUUUUCACAUUAUAUUUUAAGAAAAAAAGCUUGUCUUAUACACGGAAAAGUACGGUAUAUUUGUUUUUUGUAAAUAGAUAAAUAUUUGUUGAUAUGGAGAGGGGUGGUUAGGGGGGUGAACGACGGGGUGAACAACGGGGUGAAGUAGUAAGUUAUGUUUUCUCUGGGUUUAUGAUCUUUCCAAAGAGAGAAAAGUUUUUAUUUUGCAAUCUAUACUUGUAACCCAGACAUUGCGCAUGAAUGGGGGGGGGUGAAUAACUUUCUUGUACUUGGACCUUGCCCCCCCCCCCAGUGCUGCUUAUGUCUAUAGAGGCCCCACACCAACUCAAAAUUGCAUCUGGGGUCUGCAAGGCACUUUUUGCCAUGGGCAAGAUGGUCUCUAUUUGCAAGCAACAUGACAACCUGUAAAACGUCCCCCUCUUGCAAGGUUUAUUAAAUCACUCCCCCUCCCUGCGGAAAGAAACCCUGCACUGUACAUCAGCGUGAUAUCUUCCAUUGCAAGGCUAGAAACUUGUGGAGAGUAACAGAAGCACCAAAUCACACAUCUCUUCUCCGUAAUGAUAUGAGCAGAGGUCCAGUUCAUAAGCUCAGUCUCCUGGAAGGAGUCUCCAGCGUGUGCUGGGCCCGUGGGUAACCCUUGAAACGCGGUCCAGGACCCGGGCCAGAAUCCGAAGGUUCUGCUAGGAGUCAGUCCAACAGGGCCAAGGCAGGAAACCAGGCAAGAACAGGUACAGGAUCUGGCAUACAGCAAUGUUGCUCCUGGAACCUGGGGCAGGGUCCGUCAGCCUUUUAUCUUUGUCGGGGUAACGGCUGGUCCUGAUCCCCCGGCGACUCACCUCCCUGUCUUGCCUGAAGGCGAGCACUCCUCCUGCGAGUACUCAGGCCUCUCCUUCUCUCAGACCUUAGUCUCUGCAGCUCGGGAGACGUUGGUGGGUUACUAGACCCAGGGGCCACCUCAGCCUCCCCUGACCCAACUGGUAGUGGAGCAGCUGUAAGUGAUGGCCCAGCUGAAGGCAACGAGGUCAUCCCCGCAUCUGGAGCCAGGGCAGGAUCAGGCCCCUGACUCGGCCCAGCUGGUGUUUGUUGCAGGGGAACCUGUGCAGACUGGGACUCUUCAGGAUCAGGCCCCAGACUUGGUUCAGAUGAUGCCUGAGGCAAAGGAUCUGGUGCAGACUGAGACUCCUCUGGUUCCGAGUCUGAGCCCGAGUCCCAGGCCAUCACACAGCCAAUGUGAACAGUGCUAGGCCCAAUAGACUGAUGUUCUGGUUCUUGUUGAAGGCACCUUCAUACACUUCCAUGGUCUCAAGCUUUCUGAAACAAGCCCUGAUCCAAAGUCCAACCCAAUAAAGUGAUCCUAAGCAGCUCCAUAGAGGUCCAUGGGUAGAGGAAUGCUUUAGAACAGGCAUCCCCAAGCUCUGCCCUCCAGAUGUUUUGGGACUACAACUCCCAUCACCCCUAGCUAACAGCACCAGUGGUCAGGGAUGGUGGGAGUUGUAGUCCCAAAACAUCUGGAGGGCCGAGUUUGAGGGUGCCUGCUUUAGAACCUGGAGUUCCAGGCCCCCUGUAAAUGGAGUUGUUUGAUCAUGAACAUAAGUCAAGGGAUCGGGUGGGGUUGCCAGUAAUUUCCUUCACCUCUCAGCCAAAAAAUAAUAUACAAGGACCAGCUAAAUCCUACUGCUUUUUAUAAGCGUCCUUUUUUCUCCUGCAGUAUUGAGCUUUUAUUUGUAUUUGUAUUUUGAAUUUUUUAAAAAAUUGCACCGGACAGUGACCUUGUGUUCCUCACACAACAUCCUGGAAUGAAGUUUAGCAACCAUGUUUCUGAGCAUAAUGGAAAUGCUGGCACCACGUUGGAUACAUCUGGUUUUACAAUUGCAUUACUACAAUAAAUAUCGAGAAGAGAUCACAAAUGUCACUAUUGAAUAUGCAUCAUACGCAAUAAUAGGAUUUCUGCAAAGGGCAGAUUUAAGUGUACAUUGAUCAGUGGAAACUAGGAAUAAACCAGUCCCUGUAAAUAUAUAGAAAAAUCAACAAAUCUAAAGUUCAUGUUUUAAUAAUAUCUCAUCAUCUAAUAUUCUCAGAUGACAUUGGCUCAUUUAUAUAUUGUCCUUUGUCCAAAGAGCUCAGAAAGGUGUGUGUAGAAUCUUCCGAUUUUAUCCACCCAGCAGCUAAUAAUAAUAAUAAUUAUUAUUAUUUUAUUAUUUAUAUGGCUAGGUUGAGAGUUGUUGUCUAGCUUCAUGGCUAAGCAAGGAUUUGAACUCAGGAAUUCUCAGCCUACACAGAGCACUCUGAUUUCUUCUGACUGCCUUUAAUCUCGUACAGAGUUACUUAAUACACAGCUAAUUUAAGUCUGCAUGUUUCAAUGAGUUUACUUCAUGUUUAACUGUGGCCUGCGGCUCUUCCUGCUUUUGAUGAAAUGUUUUGCAUUUUCCAUUUUAUCGAGUGAAUAUCUUGUCAGCAAGCAGGAUCUAGCUGCCCCCAAAACCCUUACAGGGCAUUUUGACGGAUGGGAGGGGGUCACAUACCUGGCAAUCACCUGACCUCGUUGUGACAUCAGGUGAACGAUUCUCCUUUACCUGCAUGGAUUGAAAUCAAACCAUGCAGGUAAGGGCUCAGGGCUUUGCCAGUACCAUUCACCGGCUGAUUAGUAGUGUCUGCAAACCCCUGUUCCACUGUCAGCACAGUUUGAAUUGGUGCCCACAUGGACCAAGGCACUGGUGUCUGCAGGCAUAAACCCCACUUUUAGAAGGGAUCUGCAUCUUUAUCCACUCAAAACCUCGUGAUAUAUAUGAAAUCAAGUGUACAACAGGUGGACAUGUCUUUGGGGAAAUGGCAUUGUGCAGUUUAAGACACCGACUGGACUGAAUUAAGCCUGAAUUAAGCUGGUGGUUGCCCAUCACUGAUCUAUCCUGUAGCUCAGGCAUCCCCAAGCUCGGCCUUCCAGAUGUUUUGGGUCUACAACACCCAUCAUCCCUGACCACUGGUCCUGUUAGCUAGGGAUGAUGGGAGUUGUAGUCCCAAAACAUCUGGAGGGCUGAGUUUGGGAAUGCCUGCUGUAGGUCGUGAUUUUAUUUAUUUAUUUAGACAAUUUAUCUAUUAUGAUUGCCUCUAUGUGGUGUACAAGUGACUCAACAAUAUAAUAAAGAUAACAAUUUGUUAACAAUUUGUAAUAUGCCUGCUGAAAUUAACAUCUUUGAUGGGGUAUGCACUAAACAUAUUAGAUACACUAGUGUGUACUAAAUAUAUUAGAUAUACCGCUAUCUGUAUGUAUAUACACCAUCCUGUAAGGUGGGGUUUAUACAUUUGUUUGACAAUUAUUGUACACCAACAAUUUUGCGCAUGAAUAGUGUAUAUGGUUUAUAGAGCUGCCUUGUAUUGACAGAUGUGGUCCAUGUGCUGCUUCCCAGAUGUUGUUGGACUACAAUUCCCAGCAUCCCUGACCACUGGCUGGGUUGCUAGCUGGGGCUGAUGGGUGUUGGAGUCCAACAGUAGUCAACAGGCAUCACAUUGGCUAUCCCUGGUUCAGACAGUACUCAGCCUGUCACCUGCCUCUUAUAAGGCAACUUCCUGUGUCCCUGAUGUAAUCCCUACUCUCUCUUGGUUGGUUACCCCAUGCCUCUGAGUUGGCCUUUACCAGGGAUGAAGUCUUUAGUGCAACAGACCCUGUCCUGUGGAACUCCUUGCCAAUCAUCGCUGGGUGGGAGUUAUCCCUGUUUCUUUUAGAUGUCUUUUAAAAAAACAGUAGCACUCAGACAGGCCUUUGGAAUUUGAAAUGUCUGUACCAACCAGCGUUUAUUGGCAAGACGCUGAGAGUUUUUAACCCAUGUUAUUACUCUGUGGUUUUUUCCAUUGUAUGCUGCCUUGAUGUAUUUCCUAUGCAAGUGUGGUUUGUAAAUAUAUUAGUUAGUUAAAUAUAAAACUGCAUUUAAAAUUGGGAGGCGGGGCUUCAUCAACUUCAAGCGCUGAUAUUCUUUUCUGCACACCUUCAGAAAAAGGAGGGUAAACAGAUACUUUUUUUAAAAAAAAAGUGGCAUUUCUUCACUUUGAGAUUUAAUAUAUGUAUGUCUUUCUCAAGCCAGAUCUCUGGCUAAAUUCGAAUGAACAAAGACUGGAGAGUCUAGGCAUUUGCUGGUGCCAUAAAACCCUUUUUUGUAAUAUCUCCCCCCCACCCACAGCCAUUUGAUGAGGAUUCAAAAUGAACCUCUGCGUCUGAUAAGAAGCAGCAUACAUGUAAAUCAAUAACUUUAUAUUCCUCUCUUCAUUAGGCGAACCCAUACAGGAAACCAAUUCACCUCAUUCUCUGAAAAAGGAUGUCGAAAACAUGGGAAAAGGUAAAAGAGAGAGAAAUUAUAUAUAGAUAAAUAGCUCUCGAUCUAUCGCUGCUAUGUGGCCCUUUGUUUUAGCAGCAAUACAAAGACAAUUGAGGGGAUUUUUCUUUUCUUGUCUUUUUUUUAUUCUCCGCCAUAUUUUAAGCUUGACAAGUAACAUAUGAAUAAUAUAUGGACCUUUUGUGUGGCUAUAAUUGAGAUUAAUGCAUAUGUAUCAAUCAAUACAUGACACUGUACUAUAAUACUUUAAAAUAAUAUAUUGCAUUGAUUUAUAUUCAUGGAUUUCUGCACAAAAUCUAUCCUGGGCCUAAGCAAGACUUUCCACCAUGGACACCCUUAAAUUGCCACCACCAACACAGACAAGUCUUUGUAAUAAUGGAUUGCGUGGAUAAGCAGACUCUCAAGAUUUAUUUCAGCUGAUUAGUAGAAAAAUAUCUCCUUUCCUCUUGGUCUAGAAGAACUUCAGAAGGUCUUGUUUGAGCAGAUAGACUUGCGGCGGAGGCUAGAACAGGAAUUCCAGGUCCUGAAAGGAACCGCCUCUUUCCCUGUAUUCAGUAAGACAAUCAUUUAUAUUAUUAAUUUUUCUUACUUUAUCUCUGUAUAUUUAAGUGUAUGUGAAUAACACUCAAGAGGAUCAAUUGGUACCAGAGGAGGGUGUUACUUUAGGGGCAAAUAGGACCAUUGCUGUCAACUUGCAGAUUUGAAAAUAAGGGACCAGCAGCCUCGAAAAUAAGGGAUCAGCCGCCAAAAUAAGGGAUCAACAAUUACUUUGAUGAAAUACAUAUUUUGUUGCGGGCAAAUGGCUUUAGAUACCUACUAGGUCCAUAAAUUACCAUAUAGCAUAUAUUCAACACAAAAAAACAGCAACAAUUUGUUGUUGGCAAAGGACAGCUGGACAUAGAAAGGGCCCCAUUACCUUCAGUGGCUUAUUUAAGGGACAUCAUCAAUAAGGGACAGCAGCGGGACAUGGUGCUGGGAUAAGGGACUGUCCCACCAAAUAAGGGAUGCUUGACAGCUAUGAAUAGGACACUGCCCCACCAAGCUCAUUCUGCCCUCAAACAGCCUCCUACCUGCCUGGUGUCUUGCCGAAUCCAAGGUGUUUUUUUAAAAAAAGAGAUUCAGGGGCAAUACAAAACCCAAGUGAGUGAGAAAUUUUAAGAUUUUAUUCUAAACGGAAAGCAAUAUACACAUUACCAAGCAAGCACUUCAAGCUGCCACUUGGAAACCCUCAAGAAGUGGCGAAGUGACUCCCCCAAGUAGUCUCAGGUUGCACAGACCCACGGCCGUCAGUCCGUCCACCAGCUUCUCAGAACUCAGCCCAAAGUCAUCUGAUUUAUAGGUAGCUAACCUGUUAGCCUGCGUGGCUUGCCUGACUGGCUAGUGCUACUAGCUACAUGCAGAUUAUUCAUUAGCUGCCUCUCCCACUGCCUCACUUUCUUCAAACAAUGUCCAACAUCAAAAGAAGGUACCCAGUAGUAUCACAUCCUUCCCUUCCAACAGAUUAGGGCAGGCUUCCUCAAACUUGGCCCUCCAGAUGUUUUGAGACUACAGUUCCCAUCAUCCCUGACCACUGGUCCUGCUAGCUAGGGAUCAUGGGAGUUAUAGGCCAUAAACAUCUGAAGGGCCGACUUUGAGGAAGCCUGGGUUAGAGCAGCGGUUCUCAACCUGUGGGUCCCCAGAUGUUGUUGGACUACAACUCCCAUCAUCCCUGAGCUCUGGCCUUGCUAGCUAGGAGUGAUGGGAGCUGUAGUUCAACAACAUUUGAGGACCCACAGGUUGAGAAAGGCUGGAUUAGAGUAUUAAAGGCUGUUCUUCAGCCAUCAAAGAGUUUAGAGAGGGGGAAGCAAACAGGAGCGGGAAUGAUAACCAUGUUAGAACACUAGCUCCUCAAAAUACAAUUAUCUUCCGUAUCAAUAUACCUGGCUUCUUAUCUACAGCCAGUCCAGGGGUGGUGGUGUUGGUCUCCUUCCUCCUCCUCAGUCUCAGUGUUGCCUCAGUAUUAUGGACUGGUUGGACGCAGAGGAAUGGUGGGAGGAACCAGGUGAGGAACCACCAAAGCAAGAAGGCUUAGAGCACAGGAAUUGGUGGUGGGACAACAAUGAGUGGUCAGAGAGAGAGAGGGGGAGAAGACUAGGAAGAAGAGGUGUUAGAAGCUGAAGAGCUAGCAGGACUUAAGUGAGCAGGGAGAGUCUGUGGCAGAGAGAAGUCCAGAAUCAGAGGCAGAAGCUGAAGCAGGAGAGGAGGGAAGCCAAGAUGGGUCAGGCUUGUGAAGAGGCAUGGGUGCCUCCUCCUCUUGCUGUGACAAGCUCCCCUCCCCUCUGGUCUCCCAGAACCAGAAGAGGCAUGAAAAAAAGCAGAGGAGAGGUUGGCUUCAUGCAGGCGCAGUCUCCGAUUGCUUGGGAAAAGUCUUGGAGACAAUGAACUCAAGUGGCUGUGGGGAGGUGGGGACCUUCAGCCUCAGCAACUGAUCCAUGGGGGCAAGACCUGCUGGGGUUGAGCUGCUGUGCUCAUGCCACCAGGUCUGUGCAGAUCACGUUCUUGCUAAUAAAGAGUUAACUCUAGUUUGAACAGUGUGAUUUACUGCCGGCUGACUCCUGACACCCUUGUAGUACUCGCCUGGGAAGAGGAUGGGGACAAAACUGGAAUUGGCCAGCUCCACCUGUGAUUAGUAGGGGACGCGGGAGCGCUGUGGGUUAAAUCACAGAGCCUAGGACUUGCUGAUCAGAAGGUCGGUGGUUCGAAUCCCCGCAAUGGGGUGAGCUCCCAUUGCUCGGUCCCUGCUCCUGCCAACCUAGCAGUUCGAAAGCAUGUCAAAGUGCAAGUAGAUAAAUAGGUACUGCUCCGGCGGGAAGGUAAACGGCGUUUCCGUGCACUGCUCUGGUUCUCCAGAAGCGGCUUAGUCAUGCUGGCCACAUGACCCGGAAGCUGUACGCCGGCUCCCUCGGUCAAUAAAGCGAGAUGAGUGCCGCAACCCCAGAGUCGGUCACGACUGGACCUAAUGGUCAGGGGUCCCUUUACCUUUACCUUUUGUUGUUGUUGUUUAGUCGUGUCCAACUCUUCGUGACCCCAUGGACCAGAUCAUGCCAGGCACUUCUGUCUUCCACUGCCUCCCACAGUUUGGUCAAAACGUUUACCUUUACCUGUGAUUAACUCUGGCUCCACCUACUGUCUGCCUCCCAGCCUUCUCCCCUAUCUGUUCUCAGUGGGCACCAGUCACCACCACAGCGGGUACAAAAAAUGUUACAGGUUGGGGACUUUACCCCAGCUGAGCCAGGAACCUGCUAGCUGAGCUGAAAGUUCACUGCAUCCUAAACUGCUCAUCCCAGUGAAUCUUGCCAUAGGAUCGCCACCUUAAUUUAUACCAUACCUUUCUAGUACAAAAAAGUACCUAAAAAACCAGAACGACGUAGUUCAAAAGAGAACGUGCAAUUUAGAAAAGCAGCAAUGUCAAGUGAACAAAACUGAGAACAGUUUAAGAAAUGACAACAACAAACAGCUGCGGUUCAAAGAGCUUGGGGAACAAGGCUGGUUUCCAAAGUGCUGUCGUACAUUACCUUACCUGCCAGGUAACGUUAUCACGGCAGCUUGGCAUUCAGCCAUCUGCAUUCCCCUAUGUUUCCUUUUGGUACCACAGUAAAAUUUAAGACUUGCCUCCCCUUCAUGUAACUAAAGCCCGCAAUGAAACCACACAAAACACAAUCUGAAUGAAAAUGGAUAGUCAUGUGCUGCUGACCAAGGAAGUGGCGGCGAUGGCGUUCGCCAGCUUGAAGAAUGUGUGGUCUUGCUGCACCACAAAGCAGUGGUCAAUUUUGCUCCAGAUUAAAAUAGAACGUAAAUACCAGGCUAUAAACAACUAUGGAGAACUAAGGAGUGGGAACAUUUAAUGCCUGCUUUAUAGUUUUGCAGCCUGGUCCUAAGAGUAUUGACUCGGGUGCAAGUCCCAUAAUUGGUUGGGACCUACUCCCAGAUUAGGAUUAAGUGUGGAUAAAUUUGCAUGUACUUACAGCCAGGUGCUAUAUGCAUUUACUUGGACAGAGAUCGUGCUGCAAUUAUACUGAAAUUCUGUACAAAUCAAAUAUCUUUAAUACGGUCAAUGACCAGCAAGGAAAUUCUGUACACAUUUACUUGGAAGUAAACCCUAUAGAACUUCAUGAGGCUUUGUUCCGGACAGAUUGUGUUCCUAGUCCAUUUUACUCAGGUUAGUGUGCAGAGAAUUGUGGGUGAACACGAGCAGAACAUUUUAAGGGCAUCUGAAGUUAUUUAAUAAAGCCCUGAUAGCACAGUGAUAUUUUAAUGCCCUGGAGUGAUGAGCUCUGAAUUUUCUGUGAGCUACCAGCAUAUCAGGGAAAAGCCAUGUAUGGUGGUAGGUCUAUUGGCUAGCACCUGUAACAUCACUUACAGCCGACUCUGCCUGCUAAUCCCCAAAGCAGUUUGGCAAGUUCUGGACGUUUGGGAAUUUGAGGGACAAGAUAAAGCACUGGUCUUCAACCGGUGGCCUUGACCCAGGCCACAUCCUGAUCCAAACUGGGUUGCAACAGCAGCACUACCACCAUACAAAUAUAUAGUAAAUGAUUAUGAAACGGUUCCCCAAAGGCAUGUUUUGGUAAAAGGUGUGUUUGAAAAGAUUGAAGACUACUGGGAUAAAGGAUUAAUGCAUAUGCUUAUAAAUGCACACACAGGACCGCAAAAUGUUUUUUAAAGGCACAAAAUGAGCCCAGGACACAAGGCAGGGGUGAGAUGGAUAGCUUGAUUCAGCUUUGAUUUUAAUAUAUAGAGAGACACUUAAGAAAUGCUUGAAACACAGAGCGGGUGUGAUCUCCUUACCUUUGUGGAAAUCCCCUUAAACUACUGUUUUUAAAAGAAAUCUAUGUCAGGCAUGCUUUGGCUAGAUCAUGGGGUUUUGUUUUUAAUCCUAAUCUGUAUCCGUAUUGGAUUUACAAUUGCCUUUAUAUAUGCAAUUGUUGUUUUUUACUGUUAUGUCACUUUGAGAUGUUUCAUGGGAAAUGAUUUGCAAAUGAAAUAAAUGACAAAAAGGGUAAGAUUUUUUUGGGGGGGGACUUGUGUGUUUCAUUAAGGCUCCCCCUUGCCUUUUCACACUUCAUCAAAGGCAAGUUUUGAAUUCAGAUCCACAUUGUGCCUGAGAAGUCUGCUCAGACCAUUGCUAAGGAUAUCUUUGGCCUUUGCAAGCUAUAGGUGCAAGGUGUGCUGCUAGCCAUGCUCAGAGCCAUUGCUUGGAUUCAGACAUCUUUUCCAAGCCUGGACAGGGUGUCACAUCUAGAACCCUAAUUCUGCCUUCUGCAUGUGGAAAUCCACACAGAAUUCCAAGGGCUGCUAAUGAAGGAAUCCCAUCUUAUCUUGCAGAGUGGAUCUGCAGAUCGUUCCCACUCGUGCAAUACAUCGGAAUAACAAACUUUUAAUGUUGUGUUUCUAUUCUACUGAUUUUGUUUUAUUUAUUUAUUUUAAAUCCUUUUGCCCUGUAAUGAUUCUUAAUGGACCUUUCUUCUUUUCCCCCCAUGUAGAUAAUUUUCAAGACCAGAUGAAGCGGGAGUUGGCCUACAGAGAAGAAAUGGUUCAACAGUUACAAAUUGUAAGAGAGUGUUCCCUGCUAAAAAAAUGUUAAGCUCUAUGUGCUAUUGUGGCUUCUUUUCUUUUCCUUUCUUUUCUUUUUAAACUCACUUCAUUUUUUGAAAUCAUCAUCAUCAUCAUCAUCUUAUUAGUAUGCCGCCUUUCCUUAUUUGAAACUAUGCUCAAGGCGGCUUACAACACGACAAGAUUUACAUAAUUACCAACAUAACAGAAGUCAUAAACAAUAAAUAAAACACAUCAAAAAGUACACAACCAAAUGGAAACAAUUUCCACGUAAACCAUAAGCUCUAAAACUAAAGAUACAACAAUUAUAUCAAUAACAGCAACAAGCUCUCUCAAUCUCCUGUGAACAAUACUCCAGCCCAAGAAUCUGUUCAACAACCUCAGCUUUUGUAGCUGGAGUCAGUCCGCACUCCACUCUCCCCGGCCAGAUGGGAAAAGGCCAGCAAGGCAGGGUGCAGGUCUUCCAGGGCUCACAGCCAAGAUGGUCUCGUUUAAAACAACACAGAUAAAAAUUAGAAACAAUUUAAAAGCAGCCGCAGUCCUUGUGAAGCCUGUCAGGCCCCACCCCGAGCCAGGUGGAAAGAGGCAAGGGCAAGGUCCUUCAAGCCCUCAGCAGGCAGUCCUCCUCUUAAAUAACUUGGAAAGAUGGUUAAGAAUGUGGGCGGGCAGGUCAUUCGUAUAAUAAUUUGAGGUGGGCUGAGCAUAGGAACCCUGAGACCCCUUCUGUGUGCAAAGCAUUCUGAUACAUGGAUAGUGAGCUCCAUUCUCCAAGCAUGGAGAUCCUUAGGUAGCCAAAAAAGCACAAAGCAAAAGAGGAUGGUUCAAACGAGCUCUGGUGGAACCCAAAGCUUUGCAGAAGUUCUAGAUAGAUAGAUAGAUAGAUAGAUAGAUAGAUAGAUAGAUGAUAGAAGGGGUGGGGUGGGGACUUAAAACCCAAGGAGAACUGAACGAGGCCAGUGAGCACAGAAUGCUGGUGGACUUUUAGAUGGGGAAACUGGGGGGAAAAAACACAUCAGAAAGGUCAUAGCUUAGUAGUACAGCAUCUGCCUUGAAUUCAAAGGUCCCCAGCAUUUCUAGAGUAGAGCUAGGAAUGUCCCCUGAAUGAAACCACGGAGAGUGGCUGCCCAGUCAUUGUAAACAGUGUUGAAUCAGUUGGACCACUUGUUUGAUCUGCUGCUGGGCUAUGGUGCUUCUCAAGUUAAAUCAGUAGGUGCAAUACUGAUUUGGGCUAGGAUUGGGUCAUCAUCAAGUUGGCGCAACUUGCAGGAGAAGUCUUCUGCAACCCAGAAAGCAUAAUCAAGUUUACCUUGUAAUUCCAAACAGUCUGCAGAUGUUGAUGGGAACAUUUAAGAGCUAGAAUUUUCUCUCAGCAACAUAUCAAUCUCCCAGCGCCCCCUUCUGCCUCCACCUUAUCACUACACCCUCCAGCAGAGGAGGGAGUUUAAAGCUUGCAAUUAGAAAAAACAACCCUGGAUCAAUAAGGUUUCAUUUUCAGCUUUUGUCCACCGUGGACUUGUAAAGAUUCUUUUUUACGAUUUCCUGAGCAACUGACUUCCUUGGCUUCCCCAAUAAUUGGGAAAUUGGCAAGACAGUCUCUCUUCUCCCCUGUACAUCCUUUGCCACAGGAAAUGAUAUGCUCUCAAACUAAAGCAGGCAAUGAACAUGAGGUGAGGCUGCAUAUGAGGACGACUUCUUGCAAGGAACAAUCUCUUCCCGUGUGGUGUAGUGGUUAGAGUGUUGGGCUGAGAGCUGGGAGACCAGGGUUCAAAUCCCUUCACAGCCACAAAGUUUCAAGUGUGGCCCUAAGCCCAGAUACUGUCUCUCAGCCUUACCUCACAGGGUUGUUGUGAAGACAACAUUGGGAAGUGGAGAACCACGGAACACCUUGAGCUCAUUGGAGACAAAGGUGGACUUUAUUAUCAUUUGACUGUGUAUGUUUUGGGGAGCGUGGAUUCCUUGAGGGUGCAGUUCAGAACAUGGUUAAAGGUAAAGGGACCCCUGACCAUUAGGUCCAGUCGUGGCCGACUCUGGGGUUGCGGCGCUCAUCUUGCUUUAUUGGCCGAGGGAGCCAGCGCAGAGCUUCCAGGUCAUGUGGCCAGCAUGACUAUGCCGCUUCUGGCAAACCAGAGCAGCGCACCGAAACGCCGUUUACCUUCCCGCCGGAGCGGUACCUGUUUAUCUACUUGCACUUUGACGUGCUUUCGAACUGCUAGGUUGGCAGGAGCAGGGACCGAGCAACGGGAGCUCACCCCGUCGCAGGGAUUCGAACCACCAACCUUCUGAUCGGCAAGUCCUAGGCUCUGUGGUUUAACCCACAGCGCCACCCACGUCCCUCAGAACUUGGUUACGAGGGAGUAAAUCCCCAAGGGAGUGGAAUAAUGACUGACAACUGGGAAGCGGGGCCGAAUGCUGGGCGGAGUUAGUGUGAGUGACAGGUAGAAAGUGCAAAAUGGAAAAACAGCAGUUGAAAGGGAGGAAGUGGUUGAGAGAGACAGGAAUGAGAUCAUUGAGAAAAAGAGAAUGAAAAUAUAUGUAAAAGUUAGUUAGGAUAGGUCAGAAUUCCAUAUAAAAUGACUACUUAUUGUGGAUGUUAAAUAUAUAUCUAUGUUUUAACCGCCUAGGCCCAAAGCUGCUAUUUCCAUUGGAAAGAAAGCUCCCAGUGAUGCCAGUGGGAGCUUUCUCUCUCUCUCUCUCUCUCUCUCUGUAUAUAUAUAUAUAUGUAAUCCAAAAAGCAGCUCUGAUGAGGAUUUUUUCUUCGGAACUGUGGCAGUGGAUGCGGAAGGGCUGAACUCUCCCUUCCUACUCACCACAGUCUCCACUCGGUCCUUCUUACACCUGCUAGCUUGGCUCUUAAAAGAAAUUAAAUACGCUAGUGCCUAUGAUGCAACUUGCAGACUGACUGAACAUCCGAUCACAGGGGAAAUAGAAAUAUUGAUGAUGAAAGUGAAGCAGAGCCCUUUUUUGGCAAUGUGGAAUAGAUGUGGGAGAGAGGGGCUUGAUCAGGGGGCUUUAUGAUUUGGUUUAUGAUUUGGGGUAUAGUAGUAGUAGUAGUAGUAGUAGUAGUAAAAAUAAAAUAAUAAUAAUAAUAAUACAUUCUAUUGUUUAUGCCCUAGCCACUCUGGGCAGCUUCUAACACAUAUGAAAACAUCAUAAAACAUUUAACAUUGGAAACUUUGCUUUUGGUUUUGUCUGUGAAGUAUUGGGAGAUGCAAUAGUUGCAUCAGAUUCUGUCUUUCCCCUGACGACUCCACGGGUGAAGUGGAAUUUCCCACGGGGAUUUUAGGUGUGAACACAGGGGAACACACUUUCACAAGAACACACAGCAGGGUCUGAGAUGCUCCACAGACCACCAGGUGUCCAUGCAGACUGUUCUAGAGACAUGGGCUCACAGCACACAUUGAAAGCACUAUGGUACCACAGUCGUGGCUUCCCCCAAGGAAUUAUGGGGGCUGAAGUUUGUUAAAGGUGCUGUGAGUUGUUAGGAGACCCCUGUUCCAUUCCCACAGCUAUAAUUCCCCAGAGUUGUUUAUCAAUCAAUCCCUUUUCCUGGGGAACUCUUAAUUUUGGAAAGCUGGAUUUUUCUACUUCAGAGAACUUUUUCUUUCUUCUCCUGAGGCAGAAGUGACGAUUUGGUCUACUAAUUUAUCCCAUACAUGUAUCUGCUCAGUUGGUUUCUUUUUUUAGCAAUUGCUUCCUUGUAAAUUGCUUAGUUCUCUUUCGUUGUGGCAAGCGUACCACAGCAAGGAAGAAUGUGACAUGUGAAGCUGAUGUCUCUGUGUGGAGUUCAGCUGACCCACCAAUUCCCUGGGUCUUCUUUAAGCUGGGAGCAAGCCCCAUUGAUUCAGUAGGGUUUGCUUCUGAGAAAAGAUGCAUAGAAUUGUGCUAUGAGAAAGCCACUCUUUUUUCCCUUAACAUACUCUGUAUUACACUGACAAAAAUACUUGCCUGCCUUACAGGGCUCCUGUAAGAAUCACCUGGGAAGCAUCUGGCUUAGCUUUGAUUUAAAGUUCUGUCUCAUCCUCACAUAGAGGCAUUUUCUAUAUCUUUGCAGAUCCCCUAUGCAGCAAGCUUGAUCAGGAAAGAAAAACUCGGCACGCAUCUCAGCAAAAGCUAAAGGGCAAGGUGAGUGGUAGUCUAAGGUGGGCUGAGGCUGUGUGCCCAACACACAUUUAAGCGGCACACAAAACACUACCAAACCAUUCUACAUUCUAAAUCUUAUAUUAAUAAUCCAAAAAUUGAGAGAACGAGGUACGAGAUCUACUACAAAAGCCGCAAACAGAAAACUCAUUCAAAUUGUGUCCAAAAGGAAGAUUCAGUCUUUAAAGUUCCUUUAGCCAGGCUCCUGUAGAUAUCAACAAAGGUAAAUUUGAUCAAACAAAGUGUCGGCGAUGUUACGCUCAAGGUUGACACUUCAAUACCUACAGGAGCCUGGCUAAAGAAACUUUAAAGACUGAAUCUUCCUUUUGGACACAAUUUGAAUGAGUUUUCUGUUUGUGGCUUUUGUAGUAGAUCUUGUACCUCGCUCUCUCAAUUUUUGGAUUAUUAAUAUAAGAUUUAGAACGUAGAAUGGUUUGGAAGUGUUUUGUGUGCCGCUAAUGUGCUGCUUACUUCAUACUGGUCUACAACGAGAAUUGGCAGCAUAGGUUCAUUUCUUCAACACACAUUUAAAGCACAUGACUUCCUGCAAAGGAUCCUGGGAGCUGUAGUUUGUUAAGGAUGCUGGGGAUUGUAGCUCUGUAGGGGGUGAACUACAGUUCCCAGGACCCUUCCCAAGGGAGGAGCAAUAUACUUUAAGCCUUUGUCACUGCUAACUGCCGCUGUGGUGGUGGUUCUAUUGGAAGAGGAAUCAUGACCCCUUAUUCCACGGCAGGGAUGACGACUCUAUCCCCCGUGGCACUAUCUGGCAAUCUUCUGCUUGUUGAAUAAACAAGCUUUUCCCAGAGAGAAACCUACCAAAUAAGCUAAGCAGAGGAAGAUGCACUAGCAUGCAUGGCUAAAGGGUUAAUCUGCCAUGCUGAUUCUAGAAAAAUUCAGAAAAACUACAAUUGAUCUGAAUGUCACAAACUAGUGCGCAACCUUCUGAGUCCACCAAAACUCUUUUAUCAAACCUGAUGUUCAACAAACUGGGAAGGGAGGAUGAGAAAAAGGGCUGACUUGAUAGGGAAGCUCGUAAUGUGGUCAAAAAUGCCUUUUUGUCAUAAAACCUUAGGAGGAACACGUCAUGGGGAUUGUUACGAAGAGCAUCUUCAUGUCAGAAUUGCCCCCUGCACUGUGGAUGUUAAAUUCACGGCAUGAACUUCAUGACCUCUGUUCUUGCUAGUUCUUAAAACAAGGGAAGCAAAUUAUCUAGGAAUGCUUAGAUGGACAAGGAGAAAUAACUUACAGUAGCUCCCCAAGAACACAACCAAAAAUUCAGAGCUUAGCUAGGUCCCACCACUGAGCCAAUGUUUCGGAGGUGCUUUCUGCUUGAUUCUGCCCGUCCCCUCGGUCACUUCUUCCCUCCAUGCAUGUGAGUGUGGGGACACCCACACACUUUGCUUUACCAUAGGUCACCUCUGUGCCUUUUUAGGAGUCAAAGGUGUUAUGUACUGAGUUGAAUAGGAUCCAAAAUGCAGCAGUAUGAUUGGUCUGCAGGAGCCACCCAAUCCUGCUCCAGGUGGAAUUGAAUCCGCAACCUGAUUGGCCUACAGGAGAAUCCCGGAAUUAGCCGAUCACGUGUGUCCCAUUGUGUAAAUAAUGUAUACAAAGCAGAUAUUUUGGGGAAACUUUUAUUCCUCCUCACUGCUAUGAGCUGAAUAAAGAGCAUAAAAUCCACACUCAACUCCGAGUAUAUUUCAGAAGGUAUCCCUUGAAACAUUUUCUGCACCAGAAAAUAAUUCCACUAGGGUGCAAGGACAGCUAUGAGUUCAUUUGAUCACAGUUUGUAGCACAAUUCAGCAUCCUGAAUUGACCCACCGCAUUAAGUUGUGUCAACAUGGCUUUACUGGAGCCCUUUGAAAUAAAGAUCUCACACUAAAUUGGCGUGUAAUUCAGAAUUAGCUGGAUAUAUACCAAAGUAGGCUCGCGAGUGAUGAUUCAUCUACAUGACAUUCCCAUUCCAUGAAGCCAACUUCAUUAGUAUAAUCCUGAAUACCUGAGGAAACAUUUAGAUCAGGGGUGGGGAAUUUGUGACCUUCCAGAUGCUAAUGUUCUACAUCCUCCAGAUGUUGACCAUUCCCACCAACCCUGGCCAUGCUGGCUGGGACUGUUGGGAGGUAGGAACCCAACAACAUCUGAAGAGCCACAGGUUCCCAACCCUUGUUUUAGGUCUUUUCCCAAUCACUUCUCAGUCUUUCAGCUGAGAUCAAGCAUAGAUUUUGUUUUAUGUAUCUGUUUAUAAAUGGAUACAUGGGAAUGUGAGUUAUAUGACUUCCAACCAUUUGUCCACCUAACGCGAUGUGUCUACUCUGAUUGACAGCAGCUCUCCAAGGUCUCCAGGAGAGGUUCUUCCCAUCACCCGAUCCUUUUAACUGGAGAUACCAGAGUUUGAACUUGGUAUCUCCUACAGGCAAUGCAUAGAAUCAUCACAAUGUAGAGUCAGGAGGGACCGCAAGGCUCAUAUGGUCCUACGCCCUGCUGUAGCAUUCCCAAAGCAAGGAAGGAUUGGACUCUGAUUAAUAAAAUACAGACAAGGCUUGACAGCAAGACUCUGGGCAGAGUGCGUAUAAUAAUAAUUCCUGUCCACCCCUCGGCCCAGGUCGUUUUAUUCACAAAAGAACUUUUUACACAGUGUUCCUAAGAACCAAUCAGAUUUCCUCUGAGCAUUUCAAAACCCCCACGUGGGGACAAAGUUAAAGUUAAAACUACAAAGAGCUAAUUUGAGCAUGCAUAGUAGUUCAGAGUAAAUAAAAGAGGAAGCAAGGAGGAAUGCUUUUAGGAAACCCCGGAGGUCAUAAACAGGAGAGGCAGGAUUUACCAUCUCCUUGUGACCUCUCUUCCUGGCCCUUAGAUUAACAAAACUAACAAUAGCUACAUCAAAGAAGCUACCUACUAUCUUUUUGACCCAGGAUUCCCGGUGAAGCACCUGGCCUGUGUUUUAGAAUGCUUAUACGUGCCUGUCAGGUGUAGAGAAAGCAAAUGGUAGAGAUGGAGAGGCUUGUGGGAUUUGAUCAGAAAUUGUUGUCAAUAAGUUUGGCCCAACUCAUAGUCAUGGACAUGCCUUAGACCUGGUGUUCACCUCUAGUGACGUGGGUGAUCUGACACGAAGUAAAAGUGAAACAAAAGAAGUGCCAUGGUCAUAUCACCUCCUGGUGCAACUGGACUUCUCCGCAACCCUUCCCCUCUGCAGGGAGGUGGGACCAAUUCGGAUGGUCCGCCCCCGCCACUUAAUGGAUCCAAAGAAAAUCCAAAGAGAAUGGAUCCAGAGAGUGGUAGGGGAUGCUUUAUCCCAUGUUGAUGGCCUUUCAGCUGAUUCCCUGGUGGCCCGCUGGAAUGUGGAGUUAACCAGGGCUAUCGACUGUCUGGCUCCAAAGCGCCCUCUCUGAUUGCAUGGAGCCCAGACAGCCCCGUGGUUUUCUUUGGAGCUGAGGGCGAUGAAACAAUCGCUGAGACGGCUAGAGCGUCAGUGGCAGAAAACUCAUUCUGAAUCUGACCGGACACAGGUUAGAGCUCAACAUCGAGCCUACCAAGUGGCGAUAACGAUGGCAAAGAAGACUUUCUUCACCGCCUCUAUUGCAUCUGCAGAAAAUAGUAGCAGGAGACUCUUUCAGGUGGUCCGCAAUUUAAUGGAACCACCUUUACCACCGGGGCCUUGUAAAGACCCCAAGAUCUCCUGCAGUGAUUUUGCAAAGUUUUUUGCAGAUAAAAUCACUACCUGACAUUCAGAAGACAUCUUAAGGCAGCCCUGUUCAGGGAAGUUUUUAAUGUGUGACAUUUUAGUGUAUUUUUGGUCUCUCUGGAAGCCGCCCAGAGUGGCUGGGGAAACCCAGCCAGAUGGGUGGGGUACAAAUAAUAAAUUAUUAUUAUUAUUAUUAUGAAUCAAACCCAGUCAAGCAAUGCUUUCAUCACGGACACAAUGGCUUGAUGCAUAUUUUAUAAUUCCUCAUAGCAAUCCCACCUGACCCCCCACACUCUGGGUAUUUGCACCCCUACACCCUGCAAAGCAGGAAUCUUUGGCCCAACGUGGGGCUUGAACCCACAACCUUGAGAUUAAGAGUCUCGUGGUCUACCGACUGAGCAUGUGCUCUUCCACUUCAUUAAGACCCUUCACCUGCAGCCAAUGUACGUGGUCGUUUGAAUUCUUUUUGUUUCGUGAGCCAACAAACGAAAACAAACACCCCACUCUAAAUAGAUCUAUCUAUUCUUGGUAAUAAUCCCAGCGGUUUCUCUGCUUGGAUGGUUUAGUUAGCAUUUAAGCGAACACUAAUCUUUGAAAAGCACUGCUGUCUACUUUUUUUGUAUUAAAAAAAAAUCAGGCUGUCUGCAGGGGAGGCAUGUCAGCGACAACAGAC